AUGCCUGUAAUCUUUGCUAAUGAAAUCCUGAGAAAAAUCUUUGAAUUCUCUGAUAUGCGAACAUUACACUCGUGCCUUUUGAGCAGCCGUGUUUUCUGUGCAAACGUUGUUCCUCUGCUAUGGUCAACUCCCCUGGAGCACUUAUACUCUGACCCAAAGACUCAACCAGAAUGGAUUAAAGUCUCCUUGAUUGGCCAAAUAUAUAUUUCAUGUUUAACCGAUGACUCCAUAUCUUUGCUGAAAUCACACGAAAUUUCGUUUAACUCUACCAUUGGGAAACUUCGACCCACUUAUGACUAUGCCUCAUUCCUGCAAAGUCUCGAUUAUAAGUUAUUGUUUGACUGUGUGGCUGUAUGGCUAAACCAAUCUCAAGUCACUAGCAUACGCUCCACUCGAAAACAUUAUCUGAUCAUUGAAGAGUUAACCAAAUUAUUUUUCAUUCGCACUACGAAUCUAAAAUCGGUCUCGUGUAAAAAGUGGGAAAAUUUAAUAAACUAUGGAUUGGCACCAAACUAUUUGACAAUAACUGACCUUCCAAGCGCUGAAAUAUGCUUAAGAUCCCUCGAUAGAUUUUCUGUGAAGGAUUCAAUUCCAAUAGACUUUUGUGUGGGUUUUUCACGGGUGUCAAGAAGCAUUAAGGAUUUGGAGAUUCAACCAGUGGACAGAGAAGAUGACGAAUUAUUCGCCGAACUCAUCAAAUCUCAGAAAGAAUUAAAAAAGAUUAUAAUUUUCGCUGCUGAUCAAAAGAAUUGUGAAUUACCAGAAAUUGCCAAUGCCUUAAAACAGCACAUUCGAUCAUUGAAAACAGUAAAUUUAUGCUACAAAAUUCCUGUACCAUUAGAAAUAUUCAUAGACUGUGUUAACCUGGUUGAUUUGAAAAUUUCUCAUUUGAAUCAAUUAAUUUCAAGUUCAACAUUCGAAUCAAUCUGCAAAACCCAAUUCACUCAACUCAAAGUAUUGCACAUAAACACCCAAAAGUUGUACUUGGAUCAGAUCGCAAUGUUAAUACAAAACACUGGUGGACAGAUUGUGGACGUUUACCUGGAAUACGAACGGGCGUUUGGAACUGAACACAGUGUCGAAUUAGUAAAUAGCAUAGCCGAGAAUUGCCCAAACCUUAAAGAACUACGUGUAUUCAUACCAAACGAAGCUGUGCACCGUUUACCCUAUUUAUUUGCCUCAUGUCCGAGACUCAAUAGUGUGUGUUGGUUAGACGGCGAUUCAGCAGGCGAAGAUACAUCCGAAACGAAUACCAUAGAUAUUAGUGAUGUGAUGAUUGAGAUGGCGAACGUAUAUCCCAAAAACUUGUACGAAUUUUUGAUGUUUGCUCACUGGGAAUUUGGCGAAACUGCGUUAGAGUAUUUCUUGCGGAGCUGUAAACGAAGGUUGAGCGUAAGAAAAGAUCGAAAGUUGGACUUUUUUGUACCGGCAUGGGGAGAUGAUCAUAUACCCAUAAUCAAGGCGUAUGGAAAUAAAGGACUAUUGGAGAUGAGAGAUUGGGAAGAAAUUAUUCAACAGUAUUACGGUUGUUUGAAUAAGAGCGACGACAAGAACCAAUGGAAUUAUCCGUCACCAUCACCAUCGCGAUCACCGCAACAAAUUGAAGAACAGGACUCUGAAGAUUCUGGCGUGGAUGUGGUGUCAUCACCAUCUGCACAUAAAUUUCAACUCGCUUAUGUUGUUGAUGCUCACAAAAACGCGAAUAAUAGCGUGAAUUCAUCGAUGUUGAAUGACGAAUUCGAAUUUUUGCUGGAGGAUAGCGAAUCAUCGGUUUUUCCUAAGGAAAGUGAAAAUGUCGAAAUAAGAAUUGCUUGA